AAUAGGCAACCUUUAGGAAAUUUUGUGAAAACACCUUUUGAUGCAUGGAAAAAGGCAAAACAGGCCUUUCGUGAACAUUCAGAAAUGAUCUACCAUACAUCCUCUACUCUGGAUGCAGAUCAUUUUUUAAAGGUGUACUCCAAACUUGAACCAAAAAUAAUAAACCGAUUGGAUUCUAGUAGAGUAGAGCAAAUCAAAGAAAAUAGAAAACGUCUUAUUCCCAUAAUUGAAUGUAUUAUUUUAUGUGGCCGCCAGGAAAUUGCCUUACGAGGUCAUAGGGAUGCUGGCAAUAUUUUUACUCAUGACACAUCUAAUCAGGGAAACUUCAGGUCAAUUUUGUUGUAUAGAAGUAACGGUGAUGAACAUUUAACCAGCAUACUUCAAACACCUGGUCGUAAUAAAUAUAUUACACCACAAAUACAAAACGAAAUUAUUUCAUCUUGUGGAAAUAUAAUAUUACAAACCAUCGUAAAAAAAGUUAAUGACUCUCAGUGCUUCUCAGUUUUAGCUGAUGAAACCACAGAUAUAUCUGUGACUGAACAGCUUGCUCUGUGUGUUAGGUAUAUUGAUAAAGAAAACAAUGUUAAUGAAAGCUUUCUUAAGUUCAUUCAAGUGCAUAGCUUAUCUGGAAAAAACUUGGCAGAUUCUAUUUUGAAUGGUUUAAUAAGUUGUGGAAUAGAUUGUGAUUUUUUGUAUGGGCAGGGUUAUGACGGAGCAAGUAACAUGUCUGGUCAAUUUCAGGGUGUACAAGCACAUAUAAGAUCCAAAUACCCUAAAGCAAUUUAUGUGCAUUGUGCAGCCCACUCUCUAAAUUUAGCAGUUUCAACUGCUAGUAAUAUUAAGCCAGUUAGAAACUGCUUAGGAAUUAUUGAAAAAUUAUAUGUAUUUUUCAAUACUCCGAAACGAAAUGCAGUACUUUUGUCAGCUAUUGAAAAUAGCAAUACUGAUCAAAAAGUUAAGACACUUAAAAGGUUAUGUGCAACGCGCUGGGUACAGCGGUAUGAUUCUGUUCAUGAUUUUAUUGAACUUUUUGAAUUUUUAGUAAACGCUUUAGAGUGUAUAACCGAAUGGAAUGAUUCUUCAGCUACAGAUGCAACAUUACUUUUAAAAUCAUUUGACUCAGAAUUCAUUAUUUCUGUUAAUAUUGUUCAGCUUAUGUUUUCAUUCGGAUUACCCUUAUGUAAACAAUUGCAAAAAAUAAAUAUUGAUUUAAAGGAAGCUAUCAAUUUAGCACAAGACACUGUUGAUGAAUUGAAGACAAUUAGAAAUAAUUGUGAUGAUGAAUUUAAUAACAUAUUUUCAAAAGCAAAGAAAAUGGCUGAUAAGGUAGAGGUAGAGUUAAAAUAUAAAAGAUUGGGGAAAAGACAAACCAAUCGAGCUAACCCAUUAACUGAUCAAACCAUAAGUGUAAAUGAUUAUUUUAAAAUAACUGUGUUUAUUUCAUACAUUGAUUUUUUUAUAAGUCAAUUAACUGAGCGAUUUUUAUCACAUUCCAAAGUAUUUAAUGGUUUUGGAUGUUUGUUUUCAAGUAAUGAGCAUUUCACAGAAGAUGAUCAAUUACAUUUUACGCAGUUAGUUGAAUUUUAUUCUCCUCAGGUAGACAAAAAUAAUUCAUUAACAGAGUUAAGACUUUGGCGAACAAAACUCAGGAGAACUAGCUGUAUACCUAAAACUGGGAUUGAUGCACUUACAGAAUGCAACAAAGAGAUAUACCCUAACAUUUAUUUAUUAUUAAAAAUAUUGUGUACAUUACCCGUAUCUACCACUACUCCUGAACGUAUGUUUUCAGCUCUAAAAAGAGUUAAAACAUACCUACGGAAUACUAUGACUGAAGAUAGGUUAAAUGGGUUAAGUAUGUUGGCGGUCCAUAGAGACAUUAAAGUUAGUCCUGAAGAUGUAUUAGAUGAUAUUGCUAAAAGACCAAGAAAAUUGGAUCUAGUUUUGUAAAAUUA